AUGAUACACACGACAUACGAUCGAGGCCCCUUUAAACUCGUUUGCGAUGAUUUUGGGCCGGCAAAUAUGAUCGUCCGAAGUAAGGAGGACCUUACAAUCAUCGCAGUUGUUGAUCUUGAGUGGGUUUACGCUGGUCCAGCUCAACUAUUUGGCUCGGCUCCCUGGUGGCUGCUCUUAGAUCGCCCAGUCAAUGACGAGUGGGAUUUUGAAGAAGGCGAGGCACCCAAACCCACCGAUCGCUACUUCAAAUGCCUAGAAAUAUUCAAGCAUGUGCUAGAGGAGGAAGAGUCAAAGAUGGUAGGAGACGACAAAAAGGAACUUUAUGAGCUCGUGAAGUGGUCUGAGGAUUCUGGUGCCAUGUGGCUCCACGUGCUUCUCUCGAGCGGCUUUUUUGACACCCCAAGCUUCCCGUGCAUGCAAUUACGAAGACACAAAGGUGUUGAUUGGUGGGAAGAGCGCCUCAUCGAGUAUGGGAAUGCAGAAGAAGUUGAAACAUUCGUGGCCGGCAAGCUAAAUGAUCUCGCAGCAUAUGACGAGAUCAAGGAAAAAGUCGAGCAUUACAAAGCUCUCAUGGACAACAAAGAGAUGGAACUGGAAACGUUUAUUUGCAUUGUCUCCGAACUUCUUAACUCCGAUUGA